GGUACAAACCCGUUGUUAAAGUGCAAAUUGACAAAGGGUACCCUUCUGGCUUUCCCCAAACUGGCAAACUUGAAGGGACAGUCCCGGCCGACAAAGGUCAUUCCAAUGGGUAUAUUUGUAAUUUCAAAUCCCAUUGCCCGCAUUAUAUUUUGUGGACCGUUACAAUUACAUUAUUAUGCUGAUAUUGACGUGCGUAGGGGCAUUAUGGUCACAGUAAAUCAAAUAUUGAAUAUGGGACGGUUGUCUCGUGAGCACAUGACCGGUUAAAGAAAAUAAAUAACAGAGGGUCCCAUCACGAGCUGCACGUGCCCUAGGCACGUGCGAUUUAGAGGUACUCGCGGGUCUACUGUAUUAAUAUGGUCAACACCUAGGAGCUCCCGACGCGCGGAUCUCGGGUUCACCGAUGGGUUGACUUUGGGGUCAGUAUAUCGGAUCUGCGGUCAAUGGAAGCCGGUUGCAAUUUAAUAUGAUUGGCCGCGUAGCGUGGGAUCAGGAGCUCCAGCUUUUCUUAGUGCGUUGGACGGACAGCCACCAUGGCUGAACUUGAUUGGUAGCUUCAUUGCCAUUUUUCUCUUCGAAGUUCACCCUGGUCAGAUCUCUGUUUGUCUUACCAGAAAUGGGUUCUAUGAUUCUCUCCAUUUUCCCUUAAUUCUUUCGAUUUUCUCAGCAUCUCUCAGUUCCCGAGAAAACAUUUUCUAGGUGCUCAUGAAGUUAUGAAAACAGAGCAAAGGCUCCCACUUUCCAUGCUUCGUACUUCGCAACCAUUGCCUUUUAUGUGUCUGCAGCUCAGAGCCUCUUAGCUGUCUCUGAGCAAAAUACGAAUUGUGCCGUACUAAAAUUUCAUCUUUUCAGGCGAAAGUUUAAAAUAUAUGGUCAUCCAUGCGAUGACGUAAUUGCAGCAGAGCAGAGCUCGUCAGAUGUAUCCUCAAAUGUAUUGAGUUCAAUCGCUCUGUUUUGCUAAUUUACUGGAAGAAUUUAGAAUUCAUCUGGGAAAUGGGAAAUUCUCGGGCUCUUCUCUUUUUCUUGAUUCAAUUUCUCAUUUUCAAUUUUCUCAUUCCGGCCUCCGUCGGGCAAUUGAGCCGAUCAGAAACCCGAACCAUUUUCCGACUCCGACAGCUUCUUGAACACCCAGAAGUUCUUAAGGGAUGGACGAACUGGACCAACUUGUGUUAUCUCCCUCCCUCGCCUUCUCUCGUGAUUGUCUGCUCAGAAAAUCGUGUAACUGAAUUAACCGUCGUCGGGAACAAAACCUCCCCUGCUCACACUCCAAAACCAGCUUCUGGGAAUUUCGCAGUUUCUCGGGAAACUCUGUCUGAGAAAUUCUCCAUUAAUUCUCUCUUCACCACUGUAACGAGGCUCGCAAACUUGAGAGUUCUCUCACUUGUGUCGUUGGGAAUAUGGGGUCAAUUGCCCGGAAAAAUCAAUCGGCUCCGGUCACUUGAAGUUCUGAACAUCAGUUCGAAUUACAUUUACGGCGAAAUGCCGGCGUCGAUCGCCUCCUUGAAGAACCUCACAAGUCUGAAUUUUGCUGAUAAUUUGUUCAAUGGGAGUGUUCCAGAUCUUGGGAGCUUAGCAGUUCUCGAAGAAUUGGAUUUGAGUUACAAUCAACUUGGAGGUAAAUUCCCCACUCUGGGGAGCAAUCUAGUGAGUGUUAUAUUGAGAAACAAUUCUCUGAGAUCAAAUGUUCCGAAAGGACUAGCUAGCUUUGAUCGGCUCCGGCGAUUGGACAUUUCUUCGAACCAUUUCGCCGGUCCUAUUCCCUCUCCCCUGUUUUCUAUGUCCUCAAUUCAGUACCUCAACUUGGCUGAGAACCAACUCACUGGAGUACUCCCGAAGAACACAUCUUGCACUGAUGAACUUGAAUUUUUAGACAUUUCUCACAAUCUAUUAAUAGGAAAAUUGCCUUCCUGCAUUGAAUUGAAGUCCGCAAAUCGGACAGUAGACUUUUCAUGGAACUGCUUAACCAGUGGAAACUCAAAUUAUCAGCAUCCAUAUUCAUUCUGCAACAGAGGAGCAUUGGCUGUCAAGCCUAUUGUAGAGGCAGAGGAGCAAAAGUCGAGCAUCAAACUCCGUUCAAUACUUGGCAUCUGUGGAGGCAUUUUGGGAGCCAUUCUGGUUAUGGGGUUGCUGAUUUUUGCCAUUUUCAGAAGAGCAAAAGCAAAGAAAGCUGAAAGCAAAGAGUCGGAAGGUCCCAGCGCCGAUAAGGCUUUCGUUCACAGCUCGCCGAGAGCGAUCUUCAAUGCAGGGCAUGUGCCUCGAACAAUGAGGUCGGCGUCACUCGGGUUCACACCGUAUCAUGUUUUCAGCUUGGAGGAAAUGGAAGACGUAACGAACAACUUUGAUCCAUCAAAUUUUAUGGGGGAAGGACCUCAGGGACAGAUUUAUAAGGGUUGGCUGAGAAAUGGAGCAAUGGUUUCGGUGAGAUGUCUCCAGUUAAAGCAGAGGCAUUCGCCUCAAAGCUUGCUGCAGUAUGUGGCAGUAAUUUCAAAGCUGAGGCAUCAGAAUUUGGUUAGUGUUCUUGGACACUGCAUUGUCACAUAUGAGGACUAUCCUGCUAGCACCGUCUUUAUAGUCCUCCAACACAUUUCAAAUGGGUCACUGAGGGAUCAUCUUGUAGAUGAGAGAAAGAGGGAGGUGCUGAAAUGGCCCCAAAGAAUGGCAAUCACCAUUGGUGUCGUGAGGGGAAUCCAUUUCUUGCACACCGGGGUUGCGCCCGGCAUCUUCGGGAACGAUUUGAAGAUAGAGAACGUUCUGUUGGAUGAGAAUCUCACUGCGAAGAUCAGUAACUACAACGUGCCCUUGCCAUCUAAGGUAGGCUCAGAAAGCCCUUUGAAUGGGAAAGCCAUCGCCAAUCGUCUCAACGGUGCUGAAAAUUCAGAAAAGAAGGAUGUCUAUCAGCUGGGUAUGAUUCUCGUGGAAGUCAUUACGGGCAGACGGAUAACCUCGGAGGCCGAAUUGAAAGACCUGAAACACCAGCUAGAGAAUGGUUUAAUGGAAGCACCAGCAGUUCUAAGGGCAGCUGCAGAUUCAUCUAUUCAGGGCACUUUCGCAUACCAAUCAUUGAGAACCACUGCUGAAAUCACCAUUAAUUGUCUCUCUGAAGAUCCGAGCAAGCGCCCAUCACUGGAGGAUGUUCUAUGGAAUUUGCAGUACUCAUUCCAAGUGCAGGAGGGAUGGACCAGCAGUGGAAGUCUAAGCACAAGGCUGUAGUGUCAUGGUGCUUUAAUUAAAUUGUUCUUAUUUUGCUUUUAAGUCCUUGUAGUUUGUCUUUUCUUUGUAAUAUAGUUCAGCGAGUUUCUGAAUAAAAUUGCAUACAAGUUUGUAUUUA